AAUUAGUUGACAAAUUAAAUUGAUAGGAAAUAAGAUUAAUUGAAACACGAGCAAAAGAAAACAAAUGAAUCAGCUUUAAAUCUCAACCAUUGAGACCGAACCUCAAUCAGCUGUUUCCCUUUCUCAUUGACGUUGCAAGUGAAUUAAGAGCAGUUUGUUUUUUUUUUGUUUUCUCUUUUCAAUUGUUUUUAACUAAUUUAUUUCUGUUGAUUUUUGAAUUCUUUUUCUAUUUUACUCAACAAUAAACAUGGAUGGUCAUCAUCAUAGAAAUAACAAUCACCCAGGGCCUUCUGUCCGUCCAAAAGUUCCCAAAAUGAGAGGACCAGAAAGAGAUUAUCGGAGGCCAAAUAAUAAUGAUAAGCUGGUUAACCAAAGGACAGUUAGCGUUUCAGGUGAUCGUGGUAAGAAACAUUUAGCAGCAUUGCAUCAAUCUUUUGUCCAUCCCAUUGACCAUUUCCGAUUUCUUCCAUUACCUACUUUCCAAAACUCUGAAUUUCAAUCUCGUUUACCGGCUGAUGAUAUAAUCGCGAGGAUUAUUGACUUUGAAUCUAACCUUCACAUCAUCUUAAGGCUACCUUAUCAUAGAUUUUGGUCCACAAUGAUAUUCGAUUCUAAUGUCAACAUGGGCUUACGUUCAUACAUCAAUAAUGCCCCUCGUUUCUACAUGGCCCCGGUUAAUCUGGACGAGAAUCUUAAUUAUGCUGCCAAUUCAAUCCAUAAAUCAGUGUUUAAAGUUUAUUGUAGAUUGUCAACUUGUACUGAAGAUCCAAAAAAUUGUAUGUCCCCUGAUUAUUAUGGAAAAAUGAUAUUGGAGAAAAAGAUUUUCGAUAUUCCUUUACUUAUGGAUCUUUGUGCGAUCUAUGGAAACAUUUAUCCUGCAACUAAUCAAAAAUUAACUUCUAUGGUUGAAACUGUUUUAAAUUGUCAUCCGGAUUUAAUAAAAAACUUGGAAUCAUCGGUUAGCCUUGGAAAGGAUAAAUUGACCAAAAUCAUUUCAGAACUUGGCCUUACCGGUGGAGGUGAACGGGUUGUAGUUGAUUCUCAACACACAACCUUAAUCUCAACUUUGACCUGGAGCCAUAUUUUUGGUAUCAUUGAACAAAUCGUCGGAACCGUUGUCCCAAUUUCAUUCCUCAUAUCGAUUUCACCGACAGCCGCUCGAUCCUAUCGAUCGGCUCGUUUCGAUGCAAGUCUAGUUGAUUUUUAUGAGAAUCUUUUUCCCAAACUAAAGGAUGAAUUGACCUCACGAUUCGCCAAAGACGCUAAAGCCAAAAAAGCCUCAGAAACCAUCAUUCGUUUUCUUACCAUAUCUCGAUGCUGCCUUGUUAAAGCUUUUCGUAAUAUGAUUAAAUUUGAUUCUCUUGAUAAUCUACUUGAUGACAGAAUUUCCCUGGACGAGAAAACUGUUUUAAUAGAUGAAUAUUUAGAUAUGAUCUCUAUCGCUACUUCAAGUUCAUGUUUCUCUAAAGAUUAUUUCACUAAAUAUUCAUUUGAUUCGGAUAUUUGUCUUCUUAUGGAAAAAGCUGAUUUAACUGGUUUUCGUUCAGUUGAUCCAAGUCGUAUUGACUAUUUAUUCAAUGUAAUUGCCAGCAAUCAAGGAAAUUCAACAAUCAAAUCAUCAUCAACCUCAUUUUCAUCGUCAAAAACUACAACAAUUAAACCAAGUUACAAUUCAUCAGAUAAUAUUAAGCAUGCUAACUCAUCAGCCAAUAAUAUUAAUGGAUUUAAUCCAAAUUUAUUAGCUAAAUUAAAGUAUUCGGAGGCAACUCAAACCAGAAAUGGAUCUCAAAGGACAACAAUAAACCGAAUCAAAUUAAUCCAAAUCGAUUAGCAUCAAUGGUCGCACAAAUUAAAGAGUUUUUCCCACAAUUAACUGAUUCAGUUGUUAAGGAUCUACUUUCAGCUAAUGAUUAUGAUCCAGAGAAAGUGGUUGAUUUAAUAUCAAUGGGAGAAAUACCAAAUUUAUUCAGCUAAAUGUU